AUGAAUAAUUCAGUCUAAAACAUACGAAGACCUGUAACAUCCUAAAACUACAGAUCAAUAGAUAAGUUAGGCAACAAUAGCCAACAAAAACUACCAAAUUUAAGUGAUGUUAUGAACCUGAAACUGAAGCAACAGAGUGAAAGAGAGUUGCAGGAGCUGAUUCAAAAAUUGGUGAAGCAAGUUCAAUAACUCAAUUCAGCAGUCAUCUAAAAAGACAAAUAAAUUUAACAAUAUGAAUUCAUGAUUAAAUCUCUUUAAAUUGCAAUAGAAAAAAGAGAUUGCAUUAUUAGUGCAUUGAGAGUCGAAAAGCAAUAAAUAGUUGAGGUUGUGAAUCCAUUGAAACCUAUGGUAAGGACUGAUGAUUCCUCAAGAACUCCUAGUCUGGGUCCUAAGAAAUCAUUGAGGACCAGAACAAAAGACACUAAUUUUGAUGAAAACCUCUCUGCUAUCCUUGACUCUGACUAUGGUAAAUAUAUUAGAAUUAGUUUGAGCCUUGCUAAGUUAAUAUGUAAAAUGUUACGAAGAAUUAAAUCAUUUGACAUAGAUAAAGAGUUUAGUCUCUAAUGAAGAUUAAUUCUUUGCAAACAUUCAGAAAAUGGAAUUGAGCAAUAUAGUUCACAUUUUUGAUGCAAUUUAAUUAGUCCUGUAAGAACACAAACUGUUGUUCAAAAAUGUUAUCAAACAAAAUAAACUAUUCGAAGCAUGCUUACAAAUACAUGAAGUAAUUUAUCUUUAUGAUCAAUUUUCAGCAAAUCCCUUUGAAUGACCAGUUAGAGAGCUUGCAGGGAUUAUUGAAAGACUCCCUAAAUUGUGAUAAGGUUUAAAUCUACGUGCUCGACAGUGAACACUAAGAAUUAUGGACAAAAACGAAAGACAGAGUGUUAAGAAUAUAGGCAAAUGAGGAUAUCAUUGGAGUUUGCUUUUAGGAAAGAGGGUUAAUUAAUGUCCACAAUGCGUAUAACGAUCCUAGAUUCAAAAAAGAAAAUGACAAAGGAUACAAGACAAAUACUCUUCUAUUGUGUCCAAUUUUGGAUAAGUAAUAGAAUUCAAUUGGAGUUAUUACGGCAGUCAAUAAACUCACUGGGCAUUUUAAUAAUGAUGAUCAAUUAUUCAUUUCCAAGACCUCAGAAAUGAUAUCAAUUUUAUUAAGAAAUCAUCAGCAGUCCAAUGAGUCUAUCAGUAUUCAGAAUGCUCUAAGAAAUGUGAUCUAAGUAUUGUUAUGAUUGUUCAACUUAGGCUUAACUACAAUUAGUGUACAUGAAUAAUACAGAGCACAUCCUAUUUGAAGCAGAAAACCUAUUGAAAAAUUUGUUUCACACUUAAAAAGGCCUAGUUUAUGUGGUUAAUAAUAAUCGAUUACUAAGAGUGAACGAAAAGAAAUUAUUGGAAGUAUCAUAACUAGGAAUCGGAAUUGUAGGAGAAGCUCAUAAAGUCAAAGAGUUCUUGUGGGUUUAGAAUGCUUACAAUCACUAAUCGUUUAAUAAUUUAGGUUAUUGCUUAAUUUUAUUUUUCAGUUGACAUUUAAACUACUAUGCCUAUCUACUGUAUUGAAGUCGAAGGGAAAAAUCAAUCGGUUAUUUUACAAGUGAUAAACAACAAGGGGAUCAGGUCUUAGAAAGUGAGUUCAUUUGAUUAAGAAUUAUUAGAAAUGUUCGGAAAAAUUAUUUUAAGUAAAAUUGAUUUUAUAUAAUUAUGA